CCGCUAUUAUCAUCUUCUAAUAAAAACCAAUCACUAUGGAUCCGAGAUUGAAAGCCAGGGAUCCGCGACAGAGAGCAGUCGCAGGUGCAGCAAACCAGCAGAUCUCUACCGGUAUGACACCUCCUACAGUACAGAAGAAGAGAAUGUUUUGUGUCGUCUGCUCUUCCAAUCAGAACAGAUCAAUGGAAGCUCAUAAAGUUUUAGCUCAGAAUAAAUUCAAUGUGACGUCGUUUGGUACAGGUACAGCUGUUAGACUACCAGGUACUUCAAUAGACAGACCGAAUACUUACUCAUUUGGUACACCAUACAAUCACAUAUUACAAGAUUUGGAAAGUAAAGAUAGAAGAAUGUACACCAAUAAUGGUUUAUUAGCGAUGCUAAAUAGGAAUAGACAAAUAAAAUUAGCGCCUGAAAGAUGGGCCGAUUCACCUCCAACAUCGGACGUCGUUAUCACAUGUGAAGAGAGAUGUUGGGAGGCAGUAUGUGAUGAUCUAUUAAACAGAGAGGGUUAUUAUAAUAGGAGCGUACAUAUCAUUAACAUAGAAAUCAAAGAUAAUCAAGAGGAAGCCGCUAUAGCUGGUAAAGCGAUCCUGGAUCUAGCUUUGGCUAUAGAAGAGAGUAAAGACCUUGACCAAGACAUCGAAAGUAUCUUAGAUAACCAAAGGUUAAAACAUCCACAUGCUUUAUUACAUUGUGUUGCAUAUUAUUAGAUUAGACGCGUAUGGACGGGCAUGAAAAAGUAUGAUGAUGUAAUUGUAUUUAUUCAAGAAUGUAAACUAAAAUAAAUGAUCUCCUUUGUG